AUGUCGGACCAGGACCGCCAGUCGGUUGGCUCGGGUCCCACGGCGGCCAAGGCCAUGGAGCGGUCCGAUUCCUCGGCCUCCAACGCGACGUCGGAGAACAACGAGCCGGCGACGCACCAGCCCAUCCCCACGCGGCCGCGCCUGCCGAGCCGGAAGAGCAGCGGGCCUCUCGCCGUUCCCCGCGACGGCUCGGCCGCCGACGCCGUCGACGACGACGGGUGCGGACCGGAUGACGUGGGCGCCAUGAGCCCGCGGCGAACGAGCGACGACAUCGACAAGAUGGGUCGCGAAGCGCGGGAAGGCCUGCAAAGACACGCCAAGGCGCUGCAGGAGUCGCUCAUGGCCAUCUUCAACCGCAUCGAGGCGGUGCGCGAGGAGCACGACAAGCUCGACAACAACAACAAGUUUCUGCAAAAGUACAUUGGGGACCUCAUGAGCACGAGCAAGAUCACGGCGUCGAGCAGCCGCGGCAGGAAGUGA